AUGGCAUUAAAAAUAGUUCGUGAAGUUGGUAUUAGCACUGCUUCUGAUGAACUAAAUCCUACAUACUAUUAUCGCAAAGUAACCUGUGAGAAAAGAUUACCUUUUUUAAGCUGGGCAGUACUAAAUAACUAUUUAUACAAAGGAAAUUCAUCGGCAAAUGUUUAUUCCUUCCAAGUAUAUGUGAAUAUUUACAAUCCAAUCAGUGAAGACAAUUAUAAUAAUCCAUUAUUUUUUUCAGCACUUUCACAGGAUCGCACUCUUAUUCUCACAUAUGAUAUCGAAACAUAUAGCUCACGAAAAAUGGGUGAUGUAUCUAAUGCAAAAUACGAAGAAGAUAUUAAAGACGAUCCUGAACCGUUAAAGCAAAUCUGUCUUGUUGACAUUGAAACUGCACCAGACCCACGGUUGAUUACGAUUAUAUCUAAGAAGUUGGGAGUUCUUGAAUGGAUGUUUAAUCAUAUGUCAAUCAAACCAUCUGCUAUUGACGUUCGACCCUGUUUUAUGAGAUUUCAUCCCAAAGCUGAAAGGAGUAGCCUGGCAUUUUACUUAAAUGAAUCUGGGCUCAAAAGUAAAUUGGAUAUGCCUAUUCACCAUAUAAACAAAUAUUAUGAAAAGGCAUUAAAUGAAACAAAUGCUACAACAGCUAAGCAGAUACGCGAAGAGGUAGCAUCUGUAGCCUUCAUAUCAUUAUAUGAUUCACAUUAUUUUGCAGUAGGAAUGAAAGUGCGUAAUCUUCCAUGUAAACAAAUGGAAACAGGAAAGUUCCCUGGGACCUAUGUUUUCUCACCAGUAAAGGGUCUUGAAAAUAAACGUUCUGUAACUGGCUUAGAUUUUGCAUUAUUAUAUCCAUGCCUUAUCAUAACAUACAAUCUCUCACCUGAUAAAAUCAUUUUAUCUCGAGAGUGUACUGAAUCUCUAAAGGAAAGUAAGCAUAGAAACCAAGCUGAAAUGAAAGGACUUUAUCCAAAAGUAUUAGAGGAGUUGCGUAUUAGACGAAAUUCGCUAAAAAGUCGUCUUGCUCUAUUAAAUGAUAAAAAAAAAGAAUUAGAAAAGAAGAUUAAUUUGACAGAAGAAAGAGGUAUAGUUGUUACAAAUACUUUAAAAUCUGAAUACUCUUCAGUUGUCUUUAAUAUCGCUUGUCUAGACGCAAAACAGUUCGCUUUAAAAGUGUAUAUGAAUACAUUUUAUGGUGAAGCUGGGAAUAGUAGAUCCCUUUUCUUUUUGCGAGCAUUAGCAGGCGGGGUAAUAUCAGCUGGACAGCGGAAUAUCAAGCUUAUUACUAAUCUUAUUAGAACAUAUAACAAUGGUAAUGGGAUCUUAAAAGAAGAAUAUUGGUCUAGAAUGGUGAACAUCUCUAUAGAAGUAAUAGAAAGAUUUCAUAAUGAAGUUAAUGACUUUCUCAGAAAUGAUAAUGGAUCAUUUUAUCUCAAAAGGGUUGAGAUUGUAAAGCGAAGGCAGUCUAAACACUUUUGUGAGAUAGGUAAGAAGGUUAUGGAUAAAUCUAUGAAGGUAGAUAAUUCGCGUACCUUAUAUCAGAUUGUGAAGGACGUACUUAAAGAGAUCAUAAAUGAUAUUUUACAGAUAGACCUUAAUGGGAUGGUUAAAACUGCUAUGUGGAAGCCUGAUAAAAAUAACAAGAGUGUCCAGUAUUUCAUUUCACGAAUGCAAGAUAGACAUACCUAUGAAAAAGCAGAUGCCAAACAAUACAUAAAAAAGGGCUUAACACCUAAGCCUUAUCUUUAUGAAAUCCCAGAAUCAGGCGAAUGCUUUAAGUAUAUUGUAGUUGAGAAUGAUUCAUCACAGAGGGUAGGAGAUAGCAUGGCAGACAUUUGUAUGAUUGGUCAAUUUUUAUGUAGAUCAUUUCCUAAUUAUCAAUGA